AUGAACUCGGACGAGUUUCGCAAAUAUGGCAAGGAAAUGGUGGACUAUGUAGCCGACUUCUGGGAUCACAUCCGAGAGCGAAGACCAUUACCGAAUAUCAAACCAGGAUAUAUUAAAGAUGUUGUAAAUUAUUUUCUUAAAGGCAACACUUAUUGGCACCAUCCACAUUUUUUCGCGUAUUUCCCAACGGCAUGCAGUUAUCCGGCAAUCAUAGCCGAUAUCCUGAGUGGCGGUAUCGCUGGAAUCGGAUUUUCCUGGAAUUCACAUCCAGGAAACGGAUGCGGCAUCAUUCAGUGUACAGCCAGCGACGCAACUAUGAUCGCGAUCAUGUCGGCAAGGGCUAGAGCUGUUGAGGAGAUUAAGAACGGUUCGUGGACAGUGGGCGACAAGGGUCUCGACAAGACUUCUGAGGCCGAACAGGCAGAUCCUGAUAUGCUCUACCCACACUUUCAUGAUCCGGCUGUAUUCCAAAAAUUUGUCGCGUACUGUUCGGAUCAGGUACACUAUUACGGCGGUCUCAUAAAUCGUACAUCGAUCAGCUACAGCAUCCACGAAGAUCGAGCUCGCGGAUUGAUUCCAUUCACAUUGAUAGCCACUAUGGGCACAACAAGUUCAUGUGGUAUGGACCGACUGGACGAAUUAGCACCGAUUUGCAAUAGAGAGCACAUCUGGUUGCAUGUCGAUGCAGCAUAUGCAGGCUCGUUCCUUACAUGCCCCGAAUUUCGCUAUAUGUCAAAAGGCGUGGAGCUUGUGGACUCAUUUAAUUUCAACUCACACAAAUCGAUGCUUGUUAAUUUUGACUGCUCACCGAUGUGGUUCAAAGAUGGUGUUACAAUAACGAAAUACUUCAACGUUGACGCGACUUAUCUUAAACAUGAGUACCAAGCUGCUGCGGCUGAUUAUCGCCAAAACGAGCAAGCGAUGCUCUUCGCAAAACUCGUCACGGAGAGUGACGAUUUUGAACUCUUCGUCCCACAACAUCUCGGUCUUGUUUGUUUCCGAAUAAAAGGCAGUGCUAAUGAAGAAAAUGAGGCACUAUGUGCCGCUAUCAAUGAUGAUCGUCGUAUUCAUCUCGUACCAUCAAAGGUUCAUGACAAGUUCUUCCUUCGUUUUGUUGUAUGCAGUCAACUCAGCACUGAUGACGACAUUCGUUUCGCGUUUGACGUAUGCAAAGAGGUUUUGGUAAAGAUUAGAAACGGUGUUUGA